AUGAGACUGUUGAUUGCCCUCUCUUUGGCCUUAGUCGCCUGUGUGUUCGCCGCCCCCGUCGAUCUUUCCCUCCAAAACGAGCUCAAAUCGCUACAAGACCAAAUCGCACAAGUCCAGCGCGAACUCAAAUCCGAAUCCUCAAACAUGGCCUACAGCAACUUGGACGCAUUGCCGCCACAGAAGCGAAUGGUCGCCUGGCAGCCAAUGAAACGAGUCGCUGUAGAUGAGCGAGAGCCUUUGAUUCGAGCCAUCGAGGGUCGUUUGAGCGAAAUCUUGCGAGCCGGUGAAAAACUCGGCGUUUCUCCAGAUGAGGUACUCAACGACUUGCGUCAACGAAACGCUUUCAUCGGACAACAA